AUGGUCCUACGAUGGACGCCGCAGCCGCUAAAUAUGGAAAGACAAAGCCCCAAAGAGACGAAAGGGAGGUGUCGAGACGUAACCGACGGCGCACGAGAACUUCCGGCUGCUUUGUGGCUCAUCAACACAGCUGCGCCUACGCACGUGCUGCGUGCUUCUCUCUCUCCUGGAUAUGCAUGUGCCAAUGGUUUAUUUCUUGAGGGUUCGAAGUGGGAUAGCCAUCCCGCCCCUCACUCCACCCUCGCAGUGCGAUGGCCGGUAGACUGGGGUCUUAACAACGAAAUGGGGGGUAUUCUCUUUCCCGCCACUGUUCUCGUUGCCCUUCUCCUGUGUUCUAUACUUCCGUUCUGCCUACUACUACCGCCACUUCCACUACUACCACUACUACCCCCCCCCUACAUCCACACACGUGCACAUGCAUGUGUGCGCACCACCACGACCACCGCUACUCUUCCCCCUUCCACUCAACCCAUCCACUUCAUGACAGCUCUUCGGGGUUUUCCCUCCUUUCUCCCCCUUUCUUCGAUUCUUCUCUUAUUUCGCUUAGUUUACCGACUCCCUCUCACAUUAAUACGUCACCAACGUACAUCCUCUCUGCGUAGCACAGCCCUCUGCACGACUGUAUAUCUUUUCUCCCCCUCCCCUUCGCUUUUCUGGUCUCGCUUGUUUUUCGCUUUGGCUCCUGUUGUUACCUGUUUUUUGCUCUCUCACUCUCCAUUUUUAUUUUUUCUGUUCCCAUUUUUUUAUGUCGCAUUUUUUCUUGGUGCGUCUGUGCGAGUGUACUGUGUAGCCUCCCUCCUCCUCCUCCCCUCCCCCACCCAUCUACUCUGUCCUCGCUCUCUCGCUCCCUCUUUUACUAUUUCGCCCACAGCAACGCCCCUUCUCCCCGCCUUCUCCACACAAACCUCCGCUGUGCUUUCUUGUUACGCAUUUUCGCCUGCUUCUCUGCGCGACUGCGUAAGCGUCUUUGUGUGUAAGAGUACACAUCACUUUUUCCUUUGCUCUCCCCCCGUCUCUCUCGCUCUCAUUUCCACACUUUUUGUCUCACUUCAUUAUCGCACGGUUACUGUGUUGGUGUGCUCUCAGUCGUUUGGUUCCUCGUCUUUGCGCUUUUCUUUGUUUUUCUUUUUUUUUGUCUUCCGUGCUGCGCUGUGCGUUCUGCGUGUCGGAUUGUCCUCUCCUCCCCAACUUUUCCCUGCUCUUUUGACUCACCUGUACAUCAGAAGCUCACCGUUUUUCUUUUUGUUGUUGUUUGCUUUUAUUCGUCCCUUUUCCCCUUCUCCUCUUCCCUCAUCGCUUCUCGUUUCGCUUUGGUCGUUCGGUUGUUUGAUGGUUUGUUGUUGCAGGUUUCUCCGUUCGUGUUGGUUUAACGUCUUGCGCGCGUCGGUCCCGCCUUUUUCUGUCGACAGCCUGUCGCACGGUAGGGAAAAAAACUUCCCCUCUCCUCAAAAGGUAAACCAAUCGAAAUAA